GGAAAGCUUGCGACUUUCAAACCCCAAGACUCUUCUUCUUCUUCCUCCUUCCUCUCUCUCUCUUCCUCUCUUCCUCUCUCUCUCUCUCUCUAGCCCUCUCUCUCUGUAGAUUGCUGGUCUGUUUCUCGCUCUUCGAAUCUCGCGUCUUAGGGCAAAGUCCAAAGCUUGCUGUGAUCUAUGCUAGGGGCAGUAUGCUGAUGGUAGUCGGGAGAGAUGCAAAGGUAUCAUGUUGCCAACUGCGGUAAUGCAGUAAAUAACAGUACCAUUGGUGGGCCGUCAUCUAGAGAUACUGCUCGUGCUGAAUCGCCUUCUAUAGGUUCUAACUUUUCUUUAAAUUCAAGGCGGCAAUUUCAGCUCUCACCUUACAAACUGAAGUGUGAAAAGGAACCUCUGAACUCCAGACUUGGGCCUCCCGAUUACCAUCCUCAGACUACUGAUUGCCCUGAGGAGACCCUCACAAAAGAGUAUGUUCAGUCUGGAUAUAAGGAAACUGUUGAAGGACUUGAGGAAGCCAGAGAAAUUUCACUAUCUCAAGCUCAGGUGUUUUCAAAGCCUGUUGUUCUGAAGUGCAAGGAGGCAAUAAGAAAACGAUUAAGGGCUAUUAAUGAGUCUCGAGCUCAGAAGAGGAAGGCUGGUCAAGUAUAUGGUGUACCUCUGUCUGGUUCCUUAUUGAAUAAGUCUGCUGCUUUUCCUGAACAAAGGUCAUUUGGUGAAGAUUUCAAGAAAAGAUGGAUCGAGGCUUUGUCACAACCUCACAAAAGACUGCGUUCUUUAGGUGAGCAUGUUCCUCAUGGUUAUAGGAAGAAGUCUCUUUUCGAAGUUCUCAUCAAGAAUAAUGUGCCUAUUCUGAGAGCUACUUGGUUCAUCAAAGUAACUUACCUUAAUCAGGUCCGCCCAGGCUCUGCUGUUAUUUCUUCUGGAGUUCCCGACAGAAGUCAUUUAUCACGUGCAGAGCUGUGGACGAAGGAUGUUAUUGAUUACUUGCAGAGCCUCUUGGAUGAAUUUCGCAGAAACAAUUAUAAUUCGAAUGCUCACCUUAGAGAACGAUCUCCACAGAUGCUUUAUGCUGGGCCAACGCAACAAAAAGGUGAAGCAGCAUCCUCUACUCUCGAUGCAGAUGAGCCCUCCCUACAUUUUAAGUGGUGGUAUAUGGUGCGACUGUUGCAGUGGCACCACACAGAAGGGCUGGUUCUUCCUUCUCCUAUCAUUGAUUGGGUUCUUGGCCAACUACAGGAUAAAGAGUUGUUCGAGACUUUACAAUUGCUCCUGCCUAUCAUAUAUGCUGUUAUUGAGGUUAUUGUUCUGUCUCAGACGUAUGUACGAACCCUUGUUGGAGUGGCCGUUCGUUUUAUCUGCGAACCUUCUCCAGGUGGAUCUGAUUUAGUUGAUAACUCACGGCGGGAGUACACCUGCUCUGCAGUAGUUGAGAUGCUUCGGUAUCUGAUACUUACUGUUCCUGACACGUUUGUUGCUUUGGAUUGCUUUCCAUUACCUCCUAAUGUGGUUUCUCACACGGUGAAUGAUGGGGGUUAUUUAUCCAAGGCAUCUGAAGAUGUAGCAAAGAUGGAAAUGUGUUCUGCAGAGGUAGCUUGUCUGUUCAGAAGGAAAGGUUUUGAUGCCUUUUACCAGGCUGUGUCAUUUGGGCAUGUUGUUUCAUCUAUACAAAGACAUGCAGACAAGCUGGCAAAGGUUGUUAGUUCUGGUAACCCUUCUUGUGGCUAUGCUAGAGCUGUCCAAGCCUUGGAUAAAGCUCUUGUGCAUGGUGACCUGAAGGGGACUUAUAAGUUCCUUUUUGAAGACGUUUCUGAAGAAGCUGUGGAUGGAGGAUGGAUUGCAGAAGUCAGUCCAUGCUUAAGAGCAUCUUUGAAGUGGAUUGGGAGCCUGAAGUUGUCAUUCAUUUACUCAGUAUUCUUUCUAUGUGAGUGGGCUACAUGCGAUUUUAGGAACUCUCGUACUGCUCCUCUGGCUGAUGUGAACUUCUCUGGUAGAAAAGACUUUUCUCAAGUGUAUGUUGCAGUUUUGUUUUUGAAGCUGAAAAAAAGAGACCUAGAGAAUCAAUCCCGACGAAGGAAUGACAAUGUUGGUGGUGUCACUAGUCAUAAAGGUUUAAGCCAGGAGAAUAACUUUGGGAGGACUUCCAUGUUAAACGUAUUUGAAAAUGGCAACAGUCCAGAAAAUGUAGAUAAGAAAAGUAGAAGGUUGUCUGGUGGCUUGAACAGCCCUGGUCCAUUACAUGAUAUAUUGGUGUGCUGGAUCGAUCAACACGAGGUGCCUAAAGGAGAAGGUUUUGAGCGUCUUCAACUGCUGAUAGUGGAACUCACACGCUGUGGCAUCUUCGACCCACCCUCAUAUGUAAGGCAGCUACUUAUCAGUGGAGUUAUGGGUUUGAGUGGACAUGCUGACAGGGAUAGACGAAUGCGGCACUAUCGCAUCUUGAAGCAGCUUCCAGGAGUUUUGAUUCAUGAUGCUCUGGAAGAGGCAAGAAUAGCUGAUCGGAGACAGUUUCUGGAGACUAUGCAUGUUUAUUUAAGUGAAAGACGCCUAGUGCUCCAAGAGCUUUAUGGUGAACGCAGAAAUUUAGACAACGCACAUACUUCAGCUCACAAGAAGAAGCACAAUAUUAGGAGUGGUCCGUCCCCUACAUCAGUUGAUCAGUGGAAAGCUGUAGAGUCACCAUCCAGUUCUUUUUAUCCCAAGAAAGCUGACAUUGAAGAAGUGAAUACCUUAAUUUCAAAUCUCUUGCAGUUUCCAAACUCAAUUUCUGUCCCCUUAUUCAUGGGGACCGAUGAGUCUGAAGGGAGCAUUAAGAGAACCGCUGGGUCAACAUGCAAUAAGUCAGAUAUCACAGACAGCAGUCCUGGAUGUGAAGAAUGCAGAAGAGUCAAAAAGCAGAAAUUAACUGAGGAGAGGAGUGCAUACAUCCAGGUGCACUCUCCAAUACCUUCAGAUGAUGAGGAUUUAUGGUGGGUAAGGAAGGGGCCAAAAUCUUUUGAGUCAUUGAAAGUUGAUCCUCCACUAAAAUCAACCAAGCAGGCAUCUAGAGGUAGACAGAAAGUUGUGCGUAAAACGCAAAGUCUUGCUCAGUUGGCAGCUGCUAGAAUUGAGGGCAGCCUAGGAGCUUCAACUAGCCAUGUAUGUGAUAGUAGAACAAGCUGCUCUCAUCAUGGAACUGGUGUGGAUGGAGAAAUACCCAAAUCAGUGGAUGGGAUCAGAGUUACUCACUCGUGUGACGUUAUUACUGUUGAAAGCUUAAAGCAGCUGUGUAUUGCAAAGAGGAGGGUUGUUACAGUUUGGUUGUUAGAUGUAGUUAAACAGCUGAUUGAAGAAGCUGAAAAAACUUCAGCUCAGGUUGGGCAAUUUAAUAGGAAUUUUACCUCUCUUAAUGAUCGUAGCACCUUGAAAUGGAAGCUGAGUGAGGAUGAGUUAUCAAAUAUACUGUAUCUAUUAGAUGUAUCUGAUGAUUUAGUUUCAGCAGUCAAAUUCAUCCUUUGGUUAUUGCCAAAGGCUUUUCGUACAUCCAGUAUGGCAAUUCAUAGUGGAAGAAAUGUGUUGAUGCCGCAAAGGCAGGUGGAAAGCCAUGUGUGUGAAAUACGGGAGACAUUUCUUUUAUCAUCCCUUAGAAGGUAUGAAAGCACACUUAUUGCUGCAGAUCUUAUUCCACAAGCCUUAUCUGCUUCAAUGGAUCUAGUUGCCACAGUUGCUGCCUCUAAUGCAAGGGUGUCAAAUACAUCAGCAUGGGCUUAUGCUCGAUAUUUAUUGAAGAAGUAUGGGAACGUGACCAGUGUUUUGGAGUGGCGCAAGACAUCCAAGGCAAAUCGUGACAAAAGACUGCUUGCAGAACUUGAAUCUGGACGACCCUCAGAUGGUGAGUUUGGAUUUCCUCUUGGGGUUCCAGCAGGAGUUGAUGAUCUUGAUGAUUUUCUCCGUCAGAAAAUGGGUACCGGUAGGCUGUCCAGAGUCGGUAUGAAUAUGAGAGAGAUUGUGCAGAGACGUGUUGAAGAGGCUUUUCACUUUUUCUCUGGGAAGGAGAAAAAGGUAUUUGCUGCUGGUGUGCCUAAAGGACCUUCAUUGGAAAAAGGGGAUGAUGGAUUUCAGAUAUCUGAACAGAUUGUUAUGGAGCUGAGAGAAUGCAUGAUGCAAACUGGAGGUUCUUUUCAGGAGGGUGACCCGUCUUUGGUGUCUUCUUCUAUAUCUGCUAUUAUUGGCAGUAUUGGGCCAACUCUAGCCAAAAUACCUGAUUUUACCACAGGCAGUAGCUGUAAAAACUCUCCAUCUUCGACAAGCUCACUGAAUGUUGCAAGGCAAAUUUUGCGCAUCAAUAUAACAUGCCUAUGCCUCCUUAGGGAUUUUCUUGGUGAGCGUCAAAGCAGAGUGUUUGAGAUAGCUCUUGCAACAGAAGCAUCUUCUGCUCUUGCUGGAGUUUUCAAUCCUGGGAAGUCAUCUCGAAACCAAUAUCAGUUGUCUCCUGAAGCUCAUGAUUCCAAUUCAAGUACUUCUAGUGUAGUUGGUAGAGCUGCAAGAGUCAUUGCUGCUGUAUCAGCUCUUAUCAUUGGAGCUGUCAUUCAAGGGAUUACUAGCCUGGAGAGGAUGGUCUCCGUCUUCAGACUGAAGGAGAGCAUUGAUGUGGUUCAAUUUAUGAGGAGCAUAAGAUCAAACUCGAAUGGUAGUAUCCGAUCUCCUGGGACUUUCAAAGUAGAGAGUCCAAUUGAAGGUCAUGUUCAUUGGUUCCGUCUGCUUGUUGGGAACUGCAGAACAGUUUCUGAUGGAUUAGUUGUUGAACUUUUAGGGGAGCCCUCUAUUGUUGCUCUUUCAAGAAUGCAACAGACUCUACCUGUUGGCCUGGUCUUUCCACCUGCCUACGCGAUAAUGGCAUUCCUCAUGUGGAGGCCUUUCAUUCUGAGUUCGAAUCUUGCUGUGCGUGAAGACAUGCAUCAAUUGUAUCAAUCCCUGUCAGCGGCCAUGAGUGAUGCACUAAAACACCUUCCCUUCAGGGACGUUUGUUUAAGAGAUUCUGUGGGUCUGUAUGAUCUAAUAUCUGCAGAUACAAGUGAUUCUGAAUUUGCAUCCAUGCUGGAAUUGAAUGGAACUGACUUGCAUUUGAAGUCAAUUGCGUUUGUACCUCUUCGUGCUAGGCUUUUUCUUGAUGCGAUUAUUAGUUGUCGAAUACCUGCUCUUGUUACACAGGAUGAUCGGAGUCGGAUAACUGGACACGGGGUUCUGAAAGAUCGGUUUGCUGAAAACAGAACCAAACUUUUGGAUAGGAUUGUUCAUGUCUUGAAUACCCUGCAACCUGCCAAGUUUCAUUGGCAGUGGCUGGAGCUGAGGCUUCUUUUGAAUGAACAGGCUUUAAUAGACAAACUGGAGGCCCAUGAUACGACUUUAGUGGACGCUGUACGCUCUCUGGCUCCUAGCUCUGAAAGAGCUGCUGUCUCUGAGAACGAGAAUACUUUAAUUGAGAUCAUUCUUACAAGGUUACUUGUGAGACCAGAUGCUGCUCCCCUUUUCUCUGAGGUGGUUCAUCUUUUUGGGAGAUCAUUGCAGGACUCCAUGCUGUUGCUCACAAAGUGGUUUCUUGAAGGCCAUGAUGUUCUUUUUGGACGGAAGACAAUUAGGCAACGUCUUAUGAACAUUGCUGAGAGUAAAGGUUUUUCAACCAAGUCCCAGAUUUGGAAGCAUUGGGGUUGGUCAACCUCAGGUGUGGGUACCAUUGCCAACAAUGAUAAAAAGAAGCACGAAGUUGCCUCUAUUGAGGAAGGAGAAGUCGUUGAAGAGGGUGUGGAUCCAAAAAAAUUCAGUAAAGGGUCGAUACAAGUGCAGCUUGAUGCUGAAGGUUAUAGUUCUAGGAGCAUGCAGCAGUUUGCGACUGAAAAGGCCCUUAUUGAACUUGUUCUCCCUUGUAUUGAUCAAAGCUCUGAUGAAUCGCGCAAUACUUUUGCUAGUGAUUUGAUCAAGCAGUUGAAUGCUAUCGAACAACAUAUAAAUGCAAUUGCUCGUGUGACAAGUAAGAACACUGGAACAACUACUUCUGGAACGGAAGGUCCUGCUGGCAAGAGCAAUAACCGGAAAGGUAUGAGAGGUGGCAGUCCUGGUUUAGCCAGAAGACAAGCAGCGGCAGCUGCAGCUGCAGCAGCAGCAGCAGAUUCUGCCCCUCCUCCUGCUGCUUUGCGAGCAUCCAUUUCAUUGCGGUUGCAUUUCCUUCUGAGAUUGCUUCCCAUUAUUUGUGCAGACAGGGAGCCAUUAGGACGGAACAUGAGGCACAUGCUUGCCUCUGUAAUACUUCGCCUCCUUGGGAAUCAACUUGUUUAUGAUUAUGCAGACCUGGCCAUCCAUCCUCUGCAGACUUCACAAUGCAAAAGAGAGGGGGACUUGCCAGUGGAAGCUCCUGGUCAUAAUGCUCCUUCAAACUUUUUGGGCGACACGCUUUUUGAUAGAUUACUGCUAGUCUUGCAUGGGUUGUUGAGCAGCUCUCAGCCCAGUUGGCUGAAGCCAAAGCCCACCUUGAAGUCAGCACCUGAAUAUAUCAAGGACUUCGCUGGAAUAGAUAAGGAAGCCGCUGAUAAUUUGCUGAAUGAAUUGGACAAUAUGCAACUUCCUGACAAAAUUCGAUGGCGAAUCCAAGCUGCAAUGCCUAUCCUCCUACCUUCUCUCCGGUGCUUUGUCUCAUGCCAACCCCCUUCUGUGCCAGCUGCUGCUCUCACUACGGUGCAAUCGACCAUCUCACUUCCAGGAGCAUCGUCAGGAAAUUUGAAUCUGUUGCAGAGGAAUACAGUUUCUUCUGCUAGAUCUUCUGCUACCACAACUGGAAAGUCCAGGCCGGUGGCACUGCAGCAGGACUACAAUAUGGAAGUUGAUGCCUGGACACUCCUUGAAGAUGGUGUAGGCGGGGGCCCAUCUUCAAGCGGCACCGCUGGUAUAGGCGGCGCUGACAAUGCUAAUCUUCGAGCUGCCAGCUGGCUGAAGGGGGCCAUGAGGGUUAGGAGGGCAGAUCUGAUGUAUGUUGGUGCUGUGGACGAUGACAGCUGAUUAAGCUUAAGAAAAUAUUCUUGGGAUGGAUCUUGUCAGGGCACACCCUGAAGAAGGUAAUCUUGCGAAUGCAUGGUUUCUCGCUCAAUCUAAGUCGAGAUUACCUUGGAAAAUGCACCUCGGCCGUCGCGCGGAGGCUGUCGAGAGGUAAAUGAUUUUUUGGCGCAUGCUUUGCUUGUAAAAGAUGGAAGAAGCGAGGAAAUCUGCACAUGCAGCCCCCAUCAUAUCAGGUCUCGAGACUGAUUUCGUUCUGCUAACCCUUUGAUUACUUCCCGUCUGGAUGGAGCCCUUGUGGGUGCGGUUCAGAGGUCUGUUGUAUAUAUAGAGAUUAAUUGUUUCACUUAUUUUAGUUGAGCCCGAGUAAAUCAAAACAGAGUUUUGAGCUGCUUCAUGCUCGUAGAUCUCUUGUUGUAUCUCCUCUCCUGCUUUGUCUCCUCAAUAUUUUGUCAAGUCCUUGUUUUACAUAAGCUUUUCUAGAUCAAGCUGUCCAUAGGGAGAUUUCGAAGCUGUAAACUGGGAAAUUGCAGGAUAUUUAUGUGGCAAACGAUGGUGGUAGUAACUGAAAUAAUCUGUCGCGCCUCAUGGUUUUUCCUCAUUCAAGUAUGUCAGUUGACAUUUUCCUCUUUAA